AUGCUUCUGACCCUCGAAAACGUUCCCUUCCUCCUGCUCGGCCUUGCCGCAGCCUACUUCCUCGUGCCCUACCUGCAACGGUCGCAUCUGCGGGACAUUCCUACUCCUGGAUUUGCUGCGUUCACCAAUCUUUGGCUUCUCCUCCAGUGUCGUUGGGGUGUCAAGUACAUGUCAGUCGAUGAAGCCCACAAGAAAUACGGAAAGCUGGUGCGCAUUUCGCCCACUCAGGUCUCUGUUGCCGACGAUGCUGCUAUCCAGAGUAUCUAUGGACAUGGUAACGGCUUCUUGAAAGCUGAUUUCUAUGAUGCUUUCGUCUCCAUUCGCCGUGGCUUGUUCAAUACCCGUGACCGUGCCGAGCACUCCCGCAAGCGCAAGACCGUCUCCCAUACCUUCAGUGCCAAGUCCAUUGGCCAGUUCGAGCAGUACAUUCACGGCAACGUUGAGGAGUUUGUCUCGCAGUGGCAGAAACUUUCUGACCUGCAGGGUAACCCCAAGACCGGUUAUGUUAGCCUUGACGCCCUCAACUGGUUCAACUACCUGGCUUUCGAUAUCAUUGGUGAUCUUGCUUUUGGUGCCCCAUUCGGAAUGCUUGUCAAGGGCCAGGAUAUUGCCGAGAUGCGCAAGGACCCCAAGGACCCCCCUCAGUAUGUCGCUGCCGUUGAGGUUCUCAACCGUCGUGGCGAGGUCUCCGCCACCUUGGGCUGCAUGCCGGCUCUGAUCCCCUUCGCCAAGUACAUCCCCGACCGUUUCUUCUAUGAAGGUAUGCAAGCCGUUGAAAACCUGGCUGGUAUUGCUAUCGCCCGUGUCAAUGAGCGUGUGAAGCCUGAGGUUAUGGCCAACAACACCCGUGUCGACUUGCUCGCCCGUCUGAUGGAAGGCAAGGACGGCAAUGGCAACCAGCUUGAACGCGCCGAACUUACCGCUGAGGCUCUUACCCAGCUGAUCGCUGGUUCCGACACUACUUCCAACACCGCUUGUGCUAUUUUGUACUGGUGCAUGCGUACACCCCACGUUCUCCCCAAGCUGCACAAGGCACUCGACGAAGCUCUCCCCAAGGAUAUUGAAGUUCCAACCCACGCCAUGGUCAAGGAAAUUCCAUACCUCCAAUGGGUCAUCUGGGAAACAAUGCGUAUCCACAGUACCUCCGCCAUGGGUCUGCCCCGUGAGAUUCCCGCUGGUGCCGUUCCCGUCGAGAUCUGCGGGCACAUUUUCAAGGCUGGCGAUGUCCUGUCCGUGCCCAGUUACACCAUUCACCGCUCCAAGGAAAUCUGGGGUGCCGAUGCAGAGGAGUUCGUUCCCGAGCGCUGGGCCCCCGAGCGUAUCACCGCUCGCCAGAAGGCCGCCUUCAUCCCCUUCAGCCACGGUCCCCGUGCCUGUGUCGGUCGCAACGUCGCCGAGAUGGAGCUCCUCGUCAUGGCCGCUACUGUCUUCCGUCUGUUCGAAUUUGAGAUGCACCAGGACGGACCUAUGGAGACCCGUGAGGGUUUCCUGCGCAAGCCCCUCGGUUUGCAGGUUGGUAUGCGACGUCGCCGAGUUUAG